GACAGUGUCCAGUGAAUAGUGUUUCCACAUCUACACAUAUAGAUUGGUAUUUUACACACCAUUGAUGGAGUCUGUCAUUGUUAAGAAACUGCAGUCGUGUGGAGAUCUACGCCCAGGUCAACUCACCGUCCCUCCUCCUCAGAGAAGAGCUAAGUCACUGGACCGCAGGACCUCGGAGUCUGUCAUGACUCCUGAUUUGCUGAACUUCAAGAAAGGGUGGAUGAUGAAACUGGAUAAGGAGGAUCAGUGGAGGAAAUACUGGUUUGUGCUAUCAGCUGACAGUCUGAGGUACUACAAGGAUUCCUUCGCAGAGGAGAACUCAGAUCUGGAGGGGGAGAUUGAUUUGACCAAGUGUCAUAAUGUCUCAGAGCACCAGGUCCAGAGGAACUACGGCUUUCAGAUCCAUACCCAGAAGUGUGUCUUUACUCUGUCAGCCAUGACUGCAGGGAUACGGAGAAACUGGAUCCAGGCCCUCAUGAAGAAUGUCCAUCCAUCUAACGCUCCUGAUGUGGCCAGCUUGCCAGUCCAUCACGUCCCUUGCAGCCCAUCAGAGUCACUGCCCCUCCCUAAGCCAGACGUGACCCAGGACUCCUCCCCCUCCUCUGAGGUCCCUACAGAGAGAGUCCAGGGGCCCAAACAGAGCAGCAUCCGUGAGAGGAGACGCGAAGGGUGCUCCAAGACCUUUGACUGGGCUGAGUUCAGCCCUAUGGCCCUGCUAGCCUCUGAGCAGGAGGUGCAGCAGGAGACAAAGGAGCCUCUUCGGAUGGAGUUAGGGGACCUGGAGAGGAAGAGGAGGCGAGAGGAGAGGAGGAGGAGGUAUGACAGCAUGCUAGGCUUCCUUGUGGGCUGGGAGAUGGACUGUGACAGAGGAGGUAUCAGUCCCAGGUCACCCAGGACUCACCAGAGGGUGCAGAGGGAGAUUGAACAGUGCUGGCAGCAGGUGGAAAGGACUGCCUUUCGACAGGAGAAGACUGUUCCAUUGUACACUGAGUCCCAGGGCAAGGAUAAAGAGGAUAUGGGGAUUCUGCUGGAGACCUACCACAGGAGGGUAGAGGAGUUGAAGGGCCAGUUGGCAGAGUCAGACCAUUGCAGGCUUGAGCUGGAGGCUCAUUUGAGCACUGCAUUAGGACGCCAGCAUCAUGCCUCCCUGCCGCUUGAGGCCCCAAUGUGCCCAGAAGCUGAUCUUCCCUCUUUGAAAAGCCUGACUGACAUGUACAAGGAGACCAGAGAGCUCCUCCAGCAACAGGAGCUGAAGAAACAGAACAUACAGGAGCAGCUCCAGGAGCAGCUUGGCCUGGCCCUGUCAUCGGCCCCUCUGGAGAAACACAGCUCCCCUGGAACUUACCCAUCACCACCACCCAGCAUCUGGCUACAUGACACCGAGGGAAACCUCCAGGGGCUGGAGGAUCUGUUCCCUGACUGCCCUAUAUCAGUAAACACACCUGUCAUGUCACCAACCUCAGACACAGAACUCUCAUCCUACUCUGUGCCUCAGAAUGGAAGUGAGAACAGAGGGCCUAACUUGGGCACUGAAACUAGCUCUCAUCAACAGACAUCGAUUCCAGAAUCGCACACAAAAAGUUGUGCAUGGAGCCCAGAUUCACUGAGCAUGGGGGAAACUCAGGAAAGAGCCAACAGCGUGAGAAUAGACAACCUACUAUGCUGUGAGACACCCAGACCCACGGAGGAGUACGUAGACCCAGACCAGGCCAUCGUGAUGAGGAGACUAUCCCAGGAGGUAGAGCUGCUCAGCAGCCAGAACGAGGCCCUCAACCAGCGCAACCAGGAGAUGCUCAACCAGCUGACAGAGGCAGACAGAGAGAUAGAGAGACUGAAAGCAGAGCUUAUCACUCAGUACAGUGGGCCUCAGUUCCUCCCUGAGGCAGAGCAGCACAGCCAGACCAAAGUGGAAGGCCUGGAGAAGGAGCUGCGCAGGAGAGAUGAGCAGCUCCAGGAGGCCCAGUCCCUACUAGCCUCAAUGGACCAGCAUCUGAAGGAGACAGAGGUACAGCUGCAGCUCAGGGAGGACACUUUCAAAGACCUGGGCUUCCCAGCAGAAGAGGAUGAUGAUGAUGAUGAUGAUGAUGAUGAUGAUGAUGAUGAUGAUGAUGAUGAUGAUGAAGAGGAGGAAGCUGGGGAAGAGAAUAUCAACACACACCACCUUGGAGAGAAGGAGCGGGAACACCUUCAACAGUGUCUGCAGGCCAUGGAGGCCAAGCAAUUAGAACUAGAGAGGCAGCUCCAGCACACAGAACAGACCUGCAGGGAGCUGCAGGCCCACAACACACAACUCAGAGAGGCUGAGCGGUUGUACAGCCAGAGAGCCAUGGAGGCAGAGGCUGACAUUGUAAGGUUUAAUGAGGAAGUAGAGAAGGAAAGGACGGUGGAGAAAGAAAGUGGAUUAAGGUGUAGCAGUGAAGGCAAAUGGCAGGAGGAGGUAAUAUUGGAUUCAGGUGAAGAAAGGGUUCAGCAAGUGAUGGAAGGGAUAAGGUUGAUGUCCAGAACCUUAGGGAGAGUAGUGCAGGUGAUUGACAGGUCAGAUAUGGAUGUGGUAAAGAUGCCAUUAGAUAGAAAGUGUGUGGAGGUGAACAAGACAGUGGUCAGGCAGCUUCAGUUAGAGGAGGAGUUUUGGGGAAGGCUGUUGAACAGUUUGAAAGUCAACCCAUCCCAGUCCAAUGAGGAUAAACUCACAGAUGUGAUUCUAAGUCAGAUUUUAGAACACAUGGUAGUGGAAAAGCAAACGCUCCUCCUAGCUCAUAGUCUUUUUUCUCAUAAUAAGACAGAAUUAAACAUAAACACUGGAGGCCUGGACAGGAUGAAUGGAUGCAGUUCUUUGAGAGACCUGGACAUCAUUGGAAACAUAGCAGGUGAAACAGGUUCAGAAAUGAAAGAGGAAGGUGAUGAUGAGAGGAUAUGGAAUGUGUACAACCAGCAUAAUGACACCGAUGACUUCAUAAGCCGACAUUUCACAGAGAUCACACAGGAGAGAAUUUUCCUGCUCAACCAAAUCGCCUCCUCAGUCGGAGCCUCGGCCAAUGACGAGCUCCAGUCCCUGGCACAAAGACUUUGUAAUUUCCACAAUGUAAAUGAUCCCCGGUUAGCUUCCAUACACUGCACCGCCAUGGAAGCCUUCUCAUCCUAUCGUCUCAGUAGGCUUAACACUCUACACAAGAGACAAUUUCAAGAGACUCAACAGGGACUGCUCAUUGCUUCUUCUCCUUUGAUGUGCAGUAGAUGUGCUUGGCUGCUGAGUGAAAACCAGCAGCUUGGGGGCAGACAGUCAGACCUGGAGAGACAGGGGAGUUCCUCAGUGGGAUUAGGGUUGACCCCCCUGAGGCAGGGAGAACACAUAGACUCACAGCAAACAGCCACACAGCUACUAGACACUGCAAGUGAGCAGAAGACAGAGACGCCUGCAAUGAAUGCUACAGGUAAAAUGGAGGUGGAAAGCCCAAACCACAGAGUGACUGCAGUAGAGGAAGUGUGCUGGGUUAGAAGGUGUGCAGAGGUGGUGGAGGGUGACUUCCUGACCAACAGCAUUGAGAGUUCAAAGAUAAAGGUAGAGAGUAGGGUAGAUGAGGUAGAGAGUAGGGUAGAUGAGGUAGAGAAAGGAAUCCAGGAAGUUGAUACUGAUAAGGAUGUAGAGGAGAGGAGCACUACUGAACCCCAUGAAGAAGCAAACACUGUGGGGGAGGAGGAGCUGGAGAUUGUGUUAUCAUCACUGAGAGGUCAUGUGAAGGAUCUGGAGGAGCAGCUGUCUGUCAUGGCCAACAUGAAAGCAGAGCAUGAUGGUAGAAUGGCAUCUCUCCAGCUGAAACAUAAGGAGGACAUAGAAAAGCUAAAGGCCACAUAUGAGCAUGGCUUUGUCACCAUGGAGGAGUCCCAGCAGAGGAUUGUGGGGGAACUGCAGCACAGACACCAGCAGGACCUGCAGCGCCUGCAGUUAGACACAGACAGACUGCUGGAGGAGGAGACGGCUGCUACUAUCACAGCAAUUGAAGCAAUGAAGAACGCUCACCGUGCCGAAGUCAAGAGAGAGAUACAGAGGGCAUGCCAUGAAAACAGCAAUGCAGGAGAUGUGAAUCUUGGAGAAAUAUGCAGGCAACACAGUGAGGAGAUGCUCUCCUGUCACAGGGAGCUGGAGGUGUUGUCCCAGCAGUACUCUCUGAAGUGUCUGGAGAGCUCCCACCUGGGCCAGGCCCUGGAGGCAGAGAGACAGGCUCUGUGUCAGUGUCAGCAGGAGAACCAGGACCUCAGAACUCGCAACCAGGAGCUGAGUGGCCAUCUUGCUGCAGAGAUCACCAGACUUUGCUCUCUGGCCAAGCAGGACAUCUUCCCUCUUAGUCAGGAGAGAGAUGUGUAUGAGCUGGAGAUCUCCCUGCGUGUGAAGGAGUCAGAGGCGCAGUGCCUCAAGCAGAAGAUCAUCUCGCUCAAGGAUGAACUCCAGACAGCCCACAGGGAUAAGAGGUAUGCAACAGAGACGUACAAGGACAUCUACACAGAGCUAAGCAUCAUGAGGGCCAAGGCAGAGAGAGACCUGGGACAUCUCAGGGAGAACCUGAGGUUGGCCCACAAAGCACUAGGAGAGCUCUCACCUGCAGUGGACACAGAUAAUAAUGGUAUACAUAACAUUAAGCUGGUGGUCCGGCCUUCAGGGAUUCAGAGAUGAACCACUGAUGUGAAAACGACAAGGUGUUGAGUGCUGCCACUCUGAGGCCAAAACCUGCAUGACAGCCAAGUCUCGCUGGAUGUUUCCCCAACCACCUCUGGUUUUGGCAGCAUCACUAGUCUGUAUCGUACGGAUGUCAUUCAUUGCGUAAUACAGACAAUUUGUGAAUAACCUCAUUCUGUUAUGUGUCUUAAUAAUAUUGGAUGUAUCUGAAUCCUCUGACUGUUAUCUGUGCAGUUUGCUGUAGCAUGUCAGUUAGUCCUUUAGAUUUUGAAUAACCCUUGACGUUCUGUCCAUUUCUUACACAAAUGAAAGAAAGGGGCUCUAAUUAGAAGUUAUCUUGUACAGUGGUGCAGCAUAACCCUAUAGAGAUCUACUUUGGGUACACAUGUAUAAUACAUAUCUGAAACAUCUGUUUUGCCUUUACAGUGUCUCUUAGGGGUGUGGUUGUCCGUUAUUCUUCCUCAUACAUGCACUUUGACCUCUCAAUACUGGAGCCAACUAGUUGGUUUUAAUCUUUAUACUGGAGGCAACUAAUGGUUUUAAUCCUUAUACUGGAGGAAACUAAUGGUUUUAAUCCUUAUACUGAAGGCAACUAUUGGUUUUCAUCCUUCUUUCAUCCAUCAUAUACUCCCUAGUUCUGUUAGACUGAAUAAUAGAACGGACUGUCCUGGUAAUGUAGCCAACAUUUUGGGCUGCACCUUGUGAAUGAUAUUCUACAAAUUCAGUGAAUGGUGUAAUGUUCUUGUAUUUUCUGCAUGUCUACGAAAUGUAGGAAUGUCAGCGAAAAAAAUAGUAUGCCAUGCCAGUAUUAGAAAAGAUGUUGGCGAUUCUUUAUGUGGUCUGGCAGUAAUCACUUUUGAAACACAAGCUUUACCAUUAUGAUUUAAUAGUCAUGAUGCUGGAUCUGAUUUCUGAUAUUUGUUUCUUUCUCCGUAGAGUGUCAAGGAAGAUAACUGCAGCUGAACAAAGAGACACAACGCACAACAUGGAUUGUUCAUCGGUCUAUCCAUGUUUACACCAUUUAGCACUUAGAGAUCCAAAGUUAUAUUGUCAAACAUUUUAUGUCCUAUCUACC